AUGACCAUUACUGAGGUACCAAAACCAUUCAGACAAUCCAAAUUUUCGCCAUGGCAACUAGGAAGAGUAGUCGGCUCCAAAAUCUGUCGCUUCAAGAACCAAUUGAGCAGCAAGCAGCCUAUCGCUACUACCAAUUCUAGCAAAGCAAAGUUCAAAGGCCCUGAAAUGCGUUUAGCUGCCAAAAAUGUGGGCAGAGGAGAAGGAGAAGGUUCAUCUACGACCAUAGGAAAGACAGUGCAGACUCAGACUCCGACUCCAUUAGAUUCAUCUCAAAACCAGCUCUCGUCUCUCCCACCCGACUCCCGAGAUCCUAAAAUUGACUUUGGACAAUGUAAUCUUACGACACAGCCUCCUGUGCGAUAGAAACGUGCUAACUUCAACAAUAGAUCACCGAUUAUUUCAACAAUACAUGCAUUGGGACGAACAUGUAAAUCCAUGUAUAUAUAUACUCAUGGCAACGCGAAUGUAUGGUCGUAUUACUGGCGGUAGUGCGUUUCGUGCUCAAAUGUGUAAGCUUAUCCGUACCCUAGAGCCCCAUCUGAGCAUUGCGCAGGAAAGGCAAUUGAAGAGAAAGGGUAUAUAUGGAGGACUGGAAGAGAGGGAUCCUGAUAGUGUUGAUCAGAAGGCGAAACCGAAUUGCGCUACUUGUGUGCGUCAGUCAGUUGUAUAUUGUGCCAACGAGUCGUAUGAGUAUUGUGAAUUCAUAUAUCGAAGAGGGGAUGAAGAAUAUGGAUAAUCUGCAAGUCGUGGAAAUGAGUGUACAUACAAAGUAAGCAGUUUUUACAUAAAAAUCACGCACUUUUACUAAUGGUAUUUGCAGGUCGAUUGGAGAAAGUCUCGCAUCGUUGAAGAAUCUGAAAGCUCUCUCCUUGUUUGGAAUCGUUGCAAAUUGA